UCCACAACAGAAAAUUAGUCUUGAGAUAAUCUGAUCAAAAAAGUAGUCAAGGGUGAUUGGACAACUGCAGCGGAAACUGCUUGUGUCAGGGUUUCUAGACUGUGCUGCAUUUCAUGUCACGGACCGGCGAGAGGGAGCGUGGAUUAAAUCGGUCUCAGUUAUCUUUAUAAAUGGUAAAUAAUCGACAUGUCAGCGCCUAAGCAAUGGUUAUUGGUCAGUUUGACGCUUAUGUACAUUGUUCGUGGGGUUCAAUCGAAAAGGAUUUUCAGAUGCCCUUCAGGAUGCUCCUGUUCCAAGGAAUCCAUUAUGUGCGUCGGAACAUCGCAAAUCCCGCGGACUAUUCCGAAUGACAUCAACUCUUUGAGCAUAGUAAAUGGAUCGCUUGCUGAGGUCACAGAGGCCAUGUUUUCACUCAUGCCCUCUCUACAGUUGCUACUUUUAAAUUCAAACGCAUUGACCACCAUCAAUGAUGACGCAUUUUCCGGAUUACCCCACCUGGAGUAUUUGUUUAUUGAAGGAAACAAGAUAGAAACUAUCACAAAAAAUGCCCUCAGAGGACUUCGGGAUGUGACACAUUUGUCUCUGGCCAACAACAACAUGAAGGUCCUGCCAAGGGAUCUCUUCUAUGACUUGGUCUCCCUGCUGGAGCUGGAUCUGCGAGGAAAUGCAUUUCAGUGUAACUGUGAGAACAAGUGGCUGAUGACGUGGCUGCAAAACACUAAUGCCACAGUAUCAGAUGUCUAUUGUGCAGGACCAAGUAAUAUGAAGGGCAAGAGACUGAACGACCUUCCCAUCCCGCCUGGAGAGUGCAUCUCCACAGACUUUGUCCGUCAUCAGUCAAUUCCCAUCCAAGCUUUGUCGGCGGACAUUUUCUCCCAUAAGGAGGACAUCUAUGUGGCCCUGGCGGCCCCCAACUCCAACAGCUGUGUGGUGAUGGAAUGGGACCACAUUGAAAUGAACUUCAGACGCUUCGAUAACAUCACAGGAAAGUCUGUUGUUGGAUGCAAGUCGAUUGUGAUUGAAAACCACGCCUUGAUCAUCAUGACCCAGCUUUUCGGUGGGUCCCACAUCUACAAAUUUGACGACCAGCAGAACAAGUUCACCAAGUUCCAAACCAUUGAAGUCUUUAACAUUUCCAAGCCUAAUGACAUUGAGGUCUUCCAGAUCGCAGGCGAGUGGUACUUUGUGAUUGUUGACAGCUCCAAAGCAGGCCUGUCCACGCUCUACAAGUGGACUGACGAACCGGAUCGCAACGAAACCGGAUUCUUUUCCUACCAGUUCCUUCACGAGUGGUUCAGAGACACCGACGCUGAGUUCAUUGAAGUGGAUGGGAAAGCCAAUCUGAUUCUGGCCAGCCGCUCACAGGCGCCUGUCAUUUAUAUCUGGAACAAAAGCACCCUGAAGUUCAUGCUUCAUGGCGAGAUCCCAAAUGUAGAUGAUGUGGUGGCGGUCAAGGCCUUUCUGGUCGAAGAUGACCUCUAUCUGGCCAUGACUUGCUACAUAGGCGACUCCAAAAUCCUCAAGUGGACGAGCAAGCAGUUCAGUGAGUUGCAGGCCCUGCCGUCCCGUGGGGCUAUGAUCCUCCAGCCGUUUUCUUUCAAGGAGAGACACUAUCUGGCCCUGGGCAGUGACUACUCCUUCACACAGAUCUAUCUUUGGAGUGAGGACACCAAGACCUUCGUCAAGUUCAAGGACAUCUAUGUGCAGUCUCCACGUUCCUUCACCAUUGUGUCCAAUGACAGACGGAAUUUUAUUUUCUCCUCCAGCUUCAAAGGCAAAUCUAUGGUCUUUGAACAUGUAAUUGUUGACUUGAGCCUAUGAAAACUAGCUAGGGCUGGCUGAGGGUAGUUGUAGAUGACUAAGGAGCAGACCUCUGCCUUCACUACCUUGAAUAAAAAUGUUUGCUGGCUGUUCAGGAAGAAAGAUUAAUAUACUGUACUUAAGAUGAAUGUUUUCUGUUUGCAAUAGUAGUGUUAUACUGUAAUAUCCCUGGCCUAGAUAGAGACAUAUCUUAAAUCUCUGCAAUGGUGUAGGCUAACAUCGCAUAUGUUUGCUGUGGCCAUGGUAAAGUAUUGUUAAUGUUGUAUCAAAUGUAAUCCAUUUGAUACAACUUUAGAAUAAUUGUUGGAAAAUAUAUUUUACAUGUAAUUUGUAUAGCUGGGAUUACCUUAAUAUAGCAUCAACAGAACAGUGCCUGUAUAAUCAAAUUAGAGUGUCAAUAAUAUAGCCUGAAAUCCUAUGCAAAAUGAAUGUUAAUCCUUAUAACAGAAUGCUUUAAUAUUUCGCUACGAGAUGUGUACUACAUUAGUACAGUCAACCAGAUAUGGAUAUAUUAUGCGUGGAAAAUAUUAAUAAUGUUAUGAACUUGCUGCCUUUAAUAUCUCAUUUAUCAAUCCAGUGUGUGACAGCCGUAGGGUUAGGUCCCUGUAUGGUCAUUUGAUAAGACAUCAAAGUAGUGUUUUUGCCACAUAAAAAAAAAUCUUAUUUAUCUGCUAAUACAUGGUCAACAUUUGAAAUAAAGCAGAAUGGCUGUCAGGAACAUG